UGGUGGUGGUGGUCGUCGUCAAUCAAAUCCAGCUGGGAUUGGGGUUGGAUUGGCCAUCGAUCAAGCGAUGCUGCGGACGGGCGUGGCGGAGGCGGAGCCGUCGGGGCGGCAGCUGUCCGACGGGGACCUGCUGGAUGAGCUGCUGGCGACGGCGAACUCGGCGCGCGCGUUCCAGGAGUUCCGGCAGUCGCAGCGCAAGGAGUGCUUCAACCUCCUCCGCUGGCUGCAGCUGCUCCUCCCCCUCGUCCAGGAGCUCCGCGAGUCCGCCCCUCCCCUCUCCGACGACGCCUACCACCGCCUGGCCCUCCUCGGCCGCGCCUUCCAGGCCGCCCGCCGCCUCCUCCGCUGCUGCCACGACGGCAGCAAGAUCUACCUCACCCUCGAGAGCGAGGCCGUCAUGGGCAGGUUCCGCGCCGUCUACGAGAAGAUCAACACGGCGCUCGACGGCAUGCCCUACGCCGACCUGGGCGUCUCCGACGAGGUGAAGGAGCAGGUGGAGCUCAUCAACACGCAGCUGAAGCGGAGCAAGAAGCGGACGGACACGCAGGACAUGGAGCUGGCCAUGGACCUGAUGGUGAUCCUGCAGAGCCAGGAGCACGACGGCAACAACGCCGACCGCCCCAUCCUGGAGAGGCUGGCCAAGAGGCUGGAGCUGCAGAGCCUCGCCGACCUCCGCGCCGAGACCAUGGCCAUCAAGAAGCUCAUCAACAGCAGCGAGCGCGCCGACAGCACCAGCCAGAUGGUCGACCUCCUCCAGCGCCUCAAGGCCAUCGCCGGCGUGGACGAGAAGAACAUCCUCGGCGAGGUCUCCAUCCCCAAGUACCUGGAGAAGUGCCCCUCCCUCGUGAUCCCCAACGACUUCCUCUGCCCCAUCUCCCUCGAGAUCAUGACGGACCCCGUCAUCAUCGCCACUGGCCGGACUUACGAGCGCCGGAGCAUCCAGAAAUGGCUGGACGCCGGGCAGAAGACGUGCCCCAAGACGCAGCAGCCGCUGGCGCAUCUCUCGCUGGCGCCAAACUACGCGCUCAAGAACCUCAUCAUGCAAUGGUGCGACAAGAACAAGGUGGAGAUCCAGCUCAUCGGGGAGUCGCCGCCGCCCGAGCCGCCGGAGGAUCCCAAGGUGGUCAUCCCGUCGCUGGUGAAGGACCUCUCGUCGCCUCACCUCGACGUGCAGCGCAAGGCCGUCAAGAAGAUCCGGACGCUGUCCAAGGAGAACCCCGAGAACAGGCUGCUCGUCACCGACAGCGGCGGCAUCCCGGCGCUCAUCGGCCUCCUCCCUUACCCGGACAAGAAGAUCCAGGAGAACACCGUCACCUCGCUGCUCAACCUCUCCAUCGACGAGGGCAACAAGCUCCUCAUCGCCAAAGGCGGAGCCAUCCCCUUCAUCAUCGAGGUGCUCCGGAACGGCAGCGUGGAGGGCCAGGAGAACUCGGCGGCGGCCCUGUUCAGCCUCUCCAUGGUGGACGAGAACAAGGUCGCCAUCGGAGCCCUCGGCGGCAUAGCUCCACUGGUCGACCUCCUGCAGAACGGCACCAUUAGAGGCAAGAAGGACGCCUCCACCGCCAUCUUCAACCUCAUGCUCAACAACCCCAACAAGCUGAGGGCCAUCGAGGCAGGCAUCCUGCCCGCACUGCUCAAGCUGCUCGACGACAACAAGGCCGCCAUGGUUGACGAGGCGCUCUCCAUCUUCCUCCUGCUGGCGUCCCACUCCACGUGCCGGGCCGAGGUUGGGACGGACCACUUCGUCGACAUGCUUGUGCGGAUCAUCAAGGAUGGGACUCCCAAGAACAAGGAGUGCGCGCUCUCGGUUCUGCUCGAGCUAGGCUUGGCCAACAAUGCUCUCAUGGCGCACGCGCUCUGCUCUGGUCUCCAUGAUCAUCUCGCCGACGUCGCAAAGAACGGCACAAGCAGAGCACAGAGGAAGGCCAAUUCUUUGAUUCAGCUUGCUCGCAAGUGUUCAUGAAAACAUCGUCUGAUCAGUUGAUUAAGCAUGAACACAGUAAUACACACGUAUACAUAUAAUAUAGUACUAGUUUUUGGAUCAAUAUAUUAGGUUCAUCCACCAAAGAACUGAAGGAGUGACAAAUUAUAAAACUGCAAUUUUGUUUGCUGUAACUCGUCUGACCUAUAUAUGGUAAAUACUCUAUAUAAAAGGAAAUCAUUAGUUGAUGUUUUAACAAUAAAAUCAUUUUCGAAU